AUAUUCAAGAUGGCGGCGCGCUUGAUGAGUCGUGUUGUUAGACUGAAAGGUCAACGGUCUUGUAAAUAUGCUCAGUAUGUAUAUCUUAACUUUGUUUAAUGAAUUUAUUUUGGAUCGAUCCAAAAUACACUAAUGGGUUCAUUUGUCCUUCGAAGCCUUACACCUAUUUACUCACACUAUCUCUUUACUUUUAAUUAAUUAUAUAAAAAAUGAUGUUAAAGGAAAAUAAGUCCUGACUUACUUAACCUCACUAUCAAUUCAAUAGUCAAUAAUACUAAUUAUUUUUAUGAUUAGGGCUAAUGAUUAAUUAUGCUUAUUGAUAAUUAACUAUUAAGCCUAUCUUGUAUCUAUUGUCAAAAUUCUCCUAUCCCUAUAAUAUAUAAUUAUAAUAUAUAAAACGAAGUGUCUACACGUCCGGCACGUCCGGCGCGCCGGACGUGUAGUGCGCAAGAUACACGUCCGGCGACUUGUCACAUGACCGCCGGACAUGGCCGGACGGCUAGUAGUUUUUAUAAUUCCAAACGAAGUACGAUUUAGUACAUCUUGUCUGGUCUUGUGGUAGAGUGGUUGCUUGACGAUCGGAAUGUUUGAGGAUCUAUACCGGGGAUAGGGUCGUUUUUUUUCUUCCCAUUUUAAUUAAAAUAUUUUGUAUAUAUUUAUAUUAUCAUGUUCCUCAGCAACAGUAGUUUCAUGAGAAGUUUUUAAAUAUUUUGUAGCAAUUGAAAUAAUUUAAAAUGAAAUCUUUAACUUUUAUUGGUUGCCACACUGGCCCCUAAUUUAUUUUAUGGAUUACUGGUACACAAAAUCUAACAAACUAAACAAAAAUGUUUACAAGCCACUUUCACUUAAGUUUCUUUUUCUAUUAUUUGCAUUCAAGAUACUCAGUACAUUACUUGGUAGAGAAAUAGAUUUUAAAAUUAACAAUAGUUUUGAAUUAUUCGCAGUCACGUGACAAGGCUGACCGACACGAUAUCUCUCGCCACUUUGUUACGGCGGUCAUGUGACUUGGUCGCCGGACACAUAGUGCGGGGGAUAGACGUCCGGCACUGCCUAUAUAAAAUUACUAGUUUUAGUACAUCUAAAAUCUAAGGCUGAGGCAAUCCUCCGAAGUCUGCUCCCAAAUUAUUUCAUAUGAAAAAGAUUGCAAUGCACAGUGUGUAUUGUUAGAAAAAAGCAGAAAUGUCAGUCAUAGCUUUUGCAAAUAACUGUCACUUUAAAAACCAGUCAGUAAACACCAAAUAUUAUAUUGUAAUUGGCGCAUAACAUUUGCAAAUAGCAGCUGAAAACGUUCUGCUUGUGACUGUUGCGCCACUGAAAGGCCCCCAAGUAGCUGGCAAACAGACCGCGAGUAGAACCACUCUGAUAGCGGAGUUUACGUUCCGCUUGCAUCCAAAGUCCUUCAAUAGUUUCUGUGCGAAUGUCCUGGUCUACUGGAUCAACAAAUUCAUGCGCGUGCACAAUGACAGCGUGAGCAUAAAUCCUGUUGUUGAGCUGACCGACAUUUUGAUAUCCUCGCGAAGCGUCCGUGGCGAUAGAUGUUCCUGGUAACACAUGAUUAGUGAUAAUGCGCUCGAGUGUUUGUGCAUCUCGACGGCCGACAACCUCUAUCCAACAUCGUCCACUGCCGCAAACAUGAAUUUCAAAACAGAAUGAUGCCCAAGACUUUUAAGUAAGGAGUAAUCAUUGGAAAUAAUUUGGGACCGGACUUCGGAGGAUUGCCAAAUCUAAUGUCUAAUACUAUAUAUUCUGUGUAGUAAAAUAAUAAAAUAUAAAUUAAUAUUAUUAUAUAUACACCCCCGAAUCUAACAGUCUCUUCAUUUAAAAAAGUUAUUUGGUUAGUCGGUGGGUUCUACUUCAUUUUAAUAAUUCAAUUUCGGCUAUAACUCAAAUUGACACUGUAGGGACUUCUGUACUGCCUGUAAGUGUACUAUAAACACCAGAAAAUCUUGUAUAGUAAUUUUGUUGUCUAAAUGGUGACCUCCACUUCUUAAUUUUCCGAGGUAUUGUAAUUCAUGUAAGUAAUGUUGGUUUGAAUUUUAUUGUCGAAUUUUAGUUUAAAUAAGGGUUAUGGAAGGUGGAGGAAAACACAAUUAAAAAAGUGAUUUAUUAUAUAGGGCAUUACUAAAAAAUUCAUAAAUUUUGAACCACUUGGACUUGAGUUUGAGUUAGAAAAUUUUCCUUUUUGUUUUUUUACACCAUUUUCUAUACAGUACUGCUGCAGUAUUUUUAUAUUUUUAAAAAUGUUUUGAAAUUUUCAUCGAAGUGCCUUGUGAAAGAAUUCAUUAUUUUUUUAAAACAAUAACUUUAACACUAACAUUGAAUGCCUGGAGUUCUGUAUGAUAAGAAUCAUUAUGCCUAACUAAUUAUUAAUUUCUUCUUAAUAAAUAAUUUAGCCAGCUGCAUUAGACUGACUGGUUGAGUUAAGUUAUUGGAAAUCUACUACUUCAGCGUGGACUAUUAAAAAUUGUGUUGUUCUGGUUUAAAGUUCUAUUUAAACAGCUAUUCUUUUAUUGGUUUCCCUUAAUAGUUCCACUUCCAUUUAAAUUUGUUGAGCAGAUUUCUUUUAAAUAAUUAAUGCCAAUCUACUGAUAUGGCAGGGAACAAAAAGAGGAGAGACAAAAAUAUUGCAGGUGCAUGAAAUUUUUGAUGUUACUCAGAUAUGUGGCUGGUCAAACUACUCUAAUUUAGCACUGCAAUGUGUGUGUGUUGGCGCCUGUUAAAAAAUAGUAUGACAUGUGGUGGCUACUAUGUUUUGUAAAAAUUAAACAGAUGCACUCAAGGACAGGAUGGUCUCAGGUGGGCCUGUGCUGCGUGCUGUUUCAGAAAGUCACUACAGGAAGUCUCUUUUUCGAUGAAGUGUGAUUUUUAAAAAAUAAACUUUAAAUAAAGGUUUUUGCAGGAAGUCACCUCAGUAUAACACCUGUUUACCCUCCAACUCUUAUAAUCGUACAAUAUCAUCACAAAAUCUUUCAAUACAUUAUCUGAAUAGUAAAAAAUAAACAUACAGUAUAUAUAAUGUAUACACCUCAAAAUCGUACAUUGUAUGCCAAAAUUGUAAGGGUAAACAGGUCUGCUGUAUCCAGCAAAUUAUUAUUCUAGUUUACUGAUGGUGUUGUGAUAUGGCACCCGAGGCUGACAUAUAUCACUAUUGUGGCAGACUGGUGCAGGAGGAGAGGAGUGUGAAACCUGGCUGGUUGCCAAUGCAUCAGAAAUUGGGUUUUUUGAUGAUCAAGGGGAAUCAAUUGUUGUAGAAAUGAAUGUAAAUAAAUAUUUCUACAGGAAAUACCACAUGGAGUCAGGGCCACUGGGUUUUCUGUGGCAUAGAAAGAGAGUGUGGUCUUUUUUUUUUAUCAUCUAAGUGCAAGACUGACAUGAGAUCACUUUUUACAGGAGUGCAUAGAAAGAUAUAUCCUUCCGGGCUCCCUCAUUAUAUUGGACGGAUGGGCGGUGUAUGCAAACAUAAACCAGAUAAGACACGGAAUAUAUGAACACUGUGAUGUUGUCCGUCAACAAAAUUUUGUCAGUGCAAAUGAUAUAGUGUCCAUACACAGAACGUUGAAAACAUGUCAAUGUGUGCAAAGCACAAACUGAAAAGACACUCUGGCACAAGCCGCAAUGUAAAGGGAAAAUAUUUGCAUUAGUUAAUGUUCUGCAAUAGUUUUCAUGGAGAUGAUAUUUUCAAAAACUUCCUUGUUACCUUGGGGGAGAACUAUGCAUAAUCUCAAACUCUUCUGUCUUUUCAUACACUAAAUUCUUUCAAUUUUUAUAUUUACAAAAUUUUGUCUUGGAUUAUUUAUAUAUGAGCUGAAAUGAAUAUGUCCAAUGUCAUAAAAAACAUGUCCAUUUAUUUGGAUCAAUAAAAGAAUUUCUUCUUAUCAAUAAAACAAUAACCUUUUAAAUAGCAAUUCAAAUCAGAACAACAAGAUAUUUUAAUAAACGAUGCUGAAUUGAUAAAUUACCUAAAGGCUAAUAAAUAAUAUACACUAUAAAUAUAAUUAAACUUAGGCAGGUAAUGAAUAGGGAGAGACACGGCAUAAGUAUAUUACUUGAUGGGUAACGUACAAAGUGUCCUAAGCAUAAUUCGCUCAGGGCAGAACCCAUUGCUUCUUUCCACACAUAUUCAGGAUUGAUCAUUGAAAGUACACUUAGUGAUUUCGGGUUGGGGCGGUGGGGAGGGGGAUCCUAUUUAUACAGUUUUAUAGAAUAAAACUAAUCAAAUAUCAACUAGCUUAAGCUAUGAAUUUAAAAAAGCAAUAUGAAAAUGUGAGUUUGUUUGUCCUUUUUCAUGGGUAUAUAAUACUAUUAAUACUAUGAUUCAAUAUGAUAUAGUUUAUAAUCUGAUGACACCAGCAUGUGAUGUUGUCAAAAAGUCAGACACAGUAAGUGUCAACUGUAUUGCACAUGUGCAUCGCCACAGUAAAAAAUUUAGCCCUGAGAAGCCACAGUUAUUCAUAGGCUCACCUCGACCCACCAAUUUUUAAAAGUUAACAUGCCUAGUUAUUAUAAAAGUUAGCAGUCAAGUUGCCUAAGUUAUAGUUAAGGCCUAAUAAAUUUAUUGUAAUGGAUCACUUAACUUAAAUUAACUUAAGCUGAAUAACAUUUGGUGAUUGAUGAGACAUUCUUCAACUAAUAUUUAAUAUACAUACAGACAGCCAGUAGUGAUAAAACAGGCCAAAAUCAAAGAUUACUUAUUUCUAAAGUUUUUGUUGGCUUCUAUUUAUGUAGUCUUUCAUCUUUAACUGGAAGCUAAUCUUUAUUAUGUUUAAAGUUUUUUUUUAAAGGUUGAUAUAUGCAUGGUAUAAUUGUAUUUUAGUCUAGUAAAUCUAAUAUGAUGAAGCAGGCAUAUUUUUAAGCCUUUAAUUAAAUUAUUUUAUUAGACUCAAGUCUAUUUCAUUCUGUAGGGUUAGAGCUUUUAUUAUUUUUGUGCAAUCUUCCCUAAACAGCAAUCAUUUAAUGCCUUGUUACGCCGUGUACUGGGAAACAAAUUAAGAUCCAGCUAUCAUCUAUUGCAGUGGUCCUUUACCGGUCCGCAUGCCUAAUUCUGCCGGUCCCCAUAACAUAAAUAUUUAUUGUCAAAUAGAAAUAAAAGUAUACAAAUAAAUCAUGCACUGGUCCCUGGUAAAAUUUCGAAACUUGUUCACCGGUCCGGCAAACUUAAAAGUUUUGGGAACUACUGAUCUAUUGUCAUUUAUGGAUAACAUUAUUUUAUGCUUAUGGUCUUUUAUGAAAAUGUUUUGGUUCACACAGAGUAAAAAAAAAAAACUGGGAAAAUGGUUAAAAAAAAUAAUUAAAAGAUAGGGCCAAGUUAACCCUGAUGUUGCUUACACAUAUUUUCUAUCAAAUUUUUUUUUUUUUUAUUUGCAGGCGCUUUUUUAGAAGUACAAAGUUUGAAUAUGUAGAAAUCACAAAAGUUUCCCUAACUAAAAAACUGCCAGGACUGCCAAGUUUUGGGAACUACUGAUCUAUUGACAUUUAUGGAUAACAUUAUUUUAUGCUUAUGGUUUUUUAUGAAAAUGUUUUGGUUCACACAGAUUAAAAAAAAAAACUGGGAAAAUGGUUAAAAAAAAUAAUUAAAAGAUAGGGCCAAGUUAACCCUGAUGUUGCUUACACAUAUUUUCUAUCAAAUUUUUUUUUUUUUUAUUUGCAGGCGCUUUUUGAGCAGUACAAAGUCUGAAGAUGCAGAAAUCACAAAAGUUUCCCUAACUCAAAAACUGCCAGGACUGCCAACACCACAGUAUGCUACUGCUUCAGUUCAUGCUUAUGAUACUCAUGUGACAACACUUGACAAUGGCUUACGCAUUGCUUCUGAGAACAAAUUUGGACAGUUCUGUACAGUUGGAGGUAGACUUUGUUUUAAUUUAUUUUCAUGACCUUAAAUUGUAAAUAUUAUCGUAUACCGGUAAUAAAAAAAUUUUAAGUUUGCUUUAAAAAAUUCAAAUUGUAUAGUAAUAUCUUGAUGGAUGCUUCACCAAAAUACUAGAGAAAGUAGUUAUUACUUUUUUGGUUAUUUGUCAUUCCAAUCUGUUUAUCUGAACAAAAGUCGAGCUAUUUUUUUUUUAAUACUAGACCCAAGGAAAAUGAAAAUAUCUCAAACAUUUUUCACUAUAUUUUAAACAACUUAUCAGUGAUUUCAUCAUAUCAAUGAUUUUCCUUCAGUACUCCCAUAUCUAUGAAUUUGCAUUAUUCAUUAUAGUUCUACUGGAAUCAGGAUCAAGGUUUGAGGCUGUAUAUCCUAGUGGCAUUGUGCACUUUGUGGAAAAAAUGUCCUUUGGGGUAAACAUAUCUACUAUCUUUUAUAUAUUUUUUUAAUGUUCUCAUACUUGGAUUUUCACAAUUAAAUAUCUUGUAAACUUUUUUUCAAGUUUUAAGAAUUAAAAUUCACUUUCAAAUUUUAGUUAAUUAUGUAAAGAUCAUUUAUUUUUCCGCUCAUAUUUUUGUGUAGAUUUUAUUUUGGAAUAUAAGUCAUAUAAGCAUACCCUUAUUGUUCCAGACUACUCCUUCAUGGAGCACUAAAGACCAGAUUUUACAAGAGCUAGAAAAAGUUGGAGGUAUCUGUGAUUGUCAAGGUUCAAGGUAGAGAUAACUGUAAAUCUAUUUCCAUGUUAUGUGGUGCUGAAAUGUAAAAAAAAUGAAAUUGAAUUUAACAAGAAGUAAACUUUGAGAUAACACUAUCAAGGUAUAUGAGUUUAAAACAUAAUCAUUUGCUGCUGCUUCUAUCUGGGUAUCUGUUGUUGUUUUUCGUCCUUUGCACCUGAAGAUGACAGUGGACAUUUUUUUAACAUGAGUAGUAGCCUUGACUUGAGUUGGAUUUUGUUUAAAGUGAGGGAGAGUUGUUAAAUUCAUCAGCCUCACGCUUUUGUCCUUGCCCAUUUGAUCCAUGGCAAGAUUUAGUCAAGACGACUGGAAAUAGACCUCGAUGCAGUAGAUGAUCAGCAGUGUUCCUUGUGUGUUUCACUGUGCUCUUUACGCUUUGGACGUCACAGAAGUUGUCAGAAUUUUCAUUGCGUCAAUGUCAUAACGCCUACAAGACUCCAUCUCUGAGUUUGAUUUAAUGAGUUGCCAUACACAGUUAAUGAGUCUCAUCCGCUCGGGGUGCUGGGUAUUUUUUUGCUUGUUUUUGGCGUUUCUGGAGAUUGAACUCUAAUCCACUAGCUUGGAUUGAAUCGGUUUAGACCACUCGGUAUUUACUGUGCGAAGCAUGGCCUGCACCAAGUCUAUGAGAUUUAUUAUGCUUAUAUUUGGGUUGGGGGCAAAGAUUAUAUUUAGUAAGGAGUGGGCUUACUUGUAAUUCUUUGGAUUAAUUAUUUUUAAUUUUUUUUUUCCUCAUUUGGGUUGUUCAGCCACUUGUUUCAUUCUCCACAGGGACACUCUGGUGUAUGCAGCAUCUGCUAGAUCUAAUGGACUUGAUGUAGUUAUGAACAUCUUGUCAGAUGUUGUUCUAAGACCACUCUACCCUGAUGAACAAGUGAGUCUUCUUUAUCCAGUCCAAGAAUGUAUGUCUUACAUUACAGUAUUUAUUUUGUACUGCUGUUAGCUAUAUCUUUUUUUUUUUCUCUGGUCAGUGUAUGAAGUUGAUUACCUUUUUUUUGUUCCUUUUUGAAGAUGGAAGAUGCGAGGCAAGCCAUUAAAUUUGAAAUAGAGGCCAUGCAUAUGGAUCCCAACCCUGAACAUUUGCUGGUAGAAAUGAUUCAUGCAGUAAGUACUUAUCUAUACUUACUCUUUAUAGAUGCUCAUUGAUAGUUUGGUGAACUAUAGACAGAGUAUAAGAUUAGUUAAGUUAGUCUAUUUUGUCAUUUCAGUAUAGAAAUUACUUAAUAUGGGAAAAAAAAGCACAUUGGAUUUUAAAUUUAAAAAUUGUUUACCCCAGGCAGCUUACAGAGGCAAUUCUUUAGGCCUCCCUCGAAUCUGUCCAGAAGAAAACAUACCAUCAAUCACCAGACCAACAUUGUACUCGUACAUGAAAGGGAGACACCAUCCAAAGAACACUGUGAUUGCAGGUGUGGGCAUUGAGCAUGAAAAACUCAUAGAACUGACACAGAAGUAUUUUGUCACAGACAAGACCCCUGUGUGGCUAGCUGAGGGGGAAACUUGGGGUCAGCAAGAGAUUGAACCCAGGUGUGUUUCCCAAUACACUGGAGGAAUUUUACAGGUGAUAAAUAUUAUCUUUCAUUUUGGUUGACAUUAUUUUUCAUCCUUAUGCAUAUUAUGUCUUGCUGCUUGCCAUCGCUUAUCCUUUGAACAUAAUAUUUGGAUACCAGUUAUACUGAUUUUUUAUUUUAUUUUUUUCAGGUUGAGAAAGAUUUAUCCAAUGUCAGCUUAGGACCAACACCCAUGCCAGAGUUGGCUCAUGUUGUGUUUGGUCUUGAGAGCUGUAGUCAUAAGGACCCUGACUUCAUUGCCUUCUGUGUGCUGAACAUGAUGCUAGGAGGUGGUGGAUCUUUCUCCGCUGGGGGUCCUGGCAAGGGGAUGUACACUCGGCUGUACCUUAAUGUUCUCAACAGGUAUGGCGAUGUUGGCUACUACGGUCAUGGUCCAGUAAAAGGGUUAAUGGGUUAUGACCGUGCAUGUCUCUGUUGUUGAAGAUGAUUGUGAAAGUCCCUUUUGUUGCAGGUAUGUGUGGAUUGAAAGUGCAACUGCUUAUAACCACGCCUAUGAUGAUAGUGGCUUGUUCUGUAUUCACGCCAGUGCUCACCCAUCAAAAGUAAGUUAUAUGUAUACUGUACAAACUGCUUUAUCAGAGGGCCUCACUCUUUGUUAAAGCUGCAUGCCCAUUUAAGUUUCUAUAGCUGUCUGCAAAGUUAAGAAAAAGAUACCCUUUCAGAUUAUAAAAAAAAACUUAUAAAAUAUGUAUUAGUUUAUAUGCAUGGCCAUCGACCAUGACCACUUGAAUCAUAUGUGUGCUAAUACUGAACUAGUUUUUGGGAGCAGAUGGCUGAUGAUGCACACAAUUUUCUUGUGCAGUAAGUGAAGGAAAUUGAUGGGACAUCUCCAGGGGCAGAGUUAACCCAGAAUUUUCUGGCAUGUCUUGUGUACUCUGCAACUGCUGUUCUGUUGGCUUCAUGUUGUAUGGAGCCUUUGUGUACAGAGGAACGCCCUUAUGCUCGAUCCCUUGCAGAUUCUUCUCAUGUGUCUGGGUCUAUUUUGAACGCAUACAGUGACGCUUUUAAAGUGUUUCUUCUGCCCACCACAAAUCGCCUUCUAUGCUCAUGCUCACCAUAGAGUAUUCUUUUGGGCAAGCGGUCGUCUGACAUUCUCACAAUAUGCCUUAAAAUUGUAAAGAUGCUGAGGAGACCUGCCCCUGCAAAUACCUGAGUGUCUGGGACCCUGUCCUGCCCUUUCAUGUUGAGAGUUUUCCUGAGUUUGUCGCAUGAAAGUGGUUCAACAUUCUUGCAUGGCGUUCAUAGACAGUCUACAUUUGACAGGCAUAGAGAAGCGUAUGAAGCACAGCUUUCUUGUAUUCUUUCAUUUUAGUUGAGUGCUGAUACCUUGCCAGAUCAAUACUGGUUGUACUGACUCUUGCAAUAUGAAAGGUAACCUCAUCAUCGAUGGUUGCACUUUGGGGCAUAGUGCUGCCAAGGUUUGAGAAGCUAUUUAAAAAUUUAAGCCUUUUGCCAUAUACUUGGCCUCGAAUAGCUGACUGGCAUUUUGUGUUAAUGGUGAGACCAAAGUUUGUUAAGACAUUGGCGAAAUUAAUAAUCAGCAUUGGAUAUCCCCUUCUGAUCCAGCGUUUAGGGCACAAUUGUCACUAUACAGGAAGACUCUGAUGAUGUCUGUCAUGACCUUGGAUUUGGCAUGUUGAAUAGCUUAUGAUCAAUUCGGUAUCUGAGACCAAUUUCAAUGCCCCCCUCUCUGAAGGCAUCAGUCAGCAUGGCUGAAAACAUUAGGUUGAAAAGUGUUGGGGCCAGGACACAACCUUGUUUGAUGCGUAUUAAGACUUUUUUUUUUUUUUUUUUUUUUUUUAAUUUUUUGUGUCCCUUUUUUUUUUUUAGCAUGGCUGAAAACAUUAGGUUGAAAAGUGUUGGGGCCAGGACACAACCUUGUUUGAUGCGUAUUAAGACUUUUUUUUUUUUUUUUGUAGAAUAAUUUGUGGUCCCUAUUUCUUUUUUGUGGUCAUAAUAAAUGUAUGCAUACAAAUAAGAAUUUACCCGUUUCAUUUCUAAACAAAUAAUUUUUAAAAAUAAGUGCUUUUAAUUUAACAUGUCAUUUUUUUGUUAGUUUAAAUUUUUUUUUUUUUUUUAAUUAUUUAGAGCACUACAUUAGUUAUUUCAAUUAUGCGAUACAUUUUAAUGUUAAUGUGCUUAUCCACAGUUGAGGGAGCUAGUAGAGGUGAUUCUAAGGGAAAUUGUGUUCACAUCCAGUAUGGUAUAUCAGGUAAAAAAAUUGAAUCACUUAAUUAUAAAACCAUUUGAAAUUGUCAUGUCCCUAUAUAUAUUAUACCGGUAUCUUUUUAUUUUUUAAUGCAUCUUUUCUGUUAUUCUUCUUUAAUACACACACUUCUGAUUAUGUCCCCAAACUGAAAGAAUUUUUUAACUUGCCAAGUUCCUGAAACGAACAAAAAAAUUUAACUGGUAGAGCAAUUUAUUAUUUAAACUGCGAUUUCGUUCUUCAUUGAAUAGGAUGAGCUUAGCCGAGCCAAACGCCAGCUACAGUCUAUGCUUAUGAUGAAUCUUGAAGUGCGACCGGUUGUCUUCGAAGACAUUGGACGCCAGGUGUUGGCAGGAUCUGCAAGACGCACACCUCAGUUUUACUAUGAUCAAAUAGGUAAGUGUUGAACAAAAGAUCCGAGUAGAGUAGAAUUGAUGCACACUGUGUAAGAAUUGGACAUGCAGUACAAGGUGAACUUGUGUGUCAUGUGCAGCCCUGGUGUUGAACAAACUUUCCAGGACAAUUGAAGUUUGUAUUUAUAAGAUGUACCUUAAGUCUGGUAAGUUUUGUGCUUUGGGCACUCCAUUUCCCUUUCAUCCAUGCUAAGUUCAUUCUCUAACAAUCUGAUUCACCGUCCACCAUACUCUAGAAAAAGACUUUCUGAAGAAAUCAAUCAUUAGAAUCAUGCUUGUCAAAGUAAGUUGUCGCAAUCAAUGUUUUAAUGCUUUUUUUUUUUCCAAUACUUAAAGCAUGAAUGAUAUGUUCUUUCAGCUCUUGCUUUGAACAAAAUCUGUUUGUCUAUUGUAUUACUAGCAGUAAAUUUCACUUUUAAAACUGACACUAAUUAUAAAAUUGAUAUGAGUACCGUAUGACAUAUAAUUUAUAUCAGUGCUAAAGGUGUUGCAGUUCAACCCACCAUACUAUUUCCAUAAUAAAAUGGGCAUAAUGUGGUAGACCACAUGUUAAGUCUCAUGGUGAAUAUUUAUCCUGUUCUUUGGGUAUGAUUGAGACUGAUUUUGUUUAGAAAUGUUUGACCAUUCAAAAAUGUAUUCAUAUGAUGUACAUGAGUACUGUGCAGCCAAAUUUGUUAUAUAGUGUAAACUAAUUAAAGAUUAAGGUUACUGAUACUCUAGGUUUAAUUGAUGAUCAGUUUCAUUGACCUUCUUAUAUUAGGUACUUUCACACUCACGAAACGGGCCUUAUAAACCCCUAGAAAUCCACAUGACACUGAUAACAAGAAUAUUAGAAAAUUAGAAAUAGAUGAUAGACUUUCUGUACAAUAUUUUCUUCCUGAUGGGAAAAAUCAUGUCAAGUUCAACUUUCGGUUUCUUUAUUACUUUAAUAAUUUUAGGAAACAUAACAGAACGAGAUAUCCAGCGAGUGGCUUCAAGGAUGUUGAAGAGCAAACUUUCAGUAGCCGCCUACGGAAGUCUGUCUGGCCUCCCAGCCUAUGAGGACAUGGAAGCUGCAAUCUUGAGUAAAGAUGGACGCAUGCCAAGCAAACAGAGUUUUUCCUUAUUUCGUCGAUAAGGAGCCCUUGGUCAGAUGAAUUCUUUUAUUAAACUCAAUGAUUACACCUCCUUUUUACUAGAUCAUGAUGAAAGGAGUGUUUUCUAAUAUUAAAUGUGCCGCUGUUAUGUGUUCAAGUUAAGUUCAACUACACAAUGAAAGGAUGUGGUUUUGAUAUUGAACACAAAUUUCUUUUUAACAAAGCGCAGCUCAAGUUUUCAUUUUCAAAUUUUUGUUUUUAGGAUUUUAAAAAAAGUUUGGAGUGUAGCAAAUAAAAAUAUAUCUAAAUUGAAUACAUUGUUAUUUUGCAAGAACAUUUCUUAAUUUUAAAGCCAUCAUUUUUGUUCUUCACCCUCUCCAUCACACAAAAGUGGUUAUCAAAAAUUCGAAAUUAUUGCUUCAGUUCUUAAAAAAAGAUUUGAUGACCAUGCAGCCAUCGUAAAUAGUAUGGGCAUUAAGGUCUUUUUUACACCUUAUAAAGUUGAGAAUUGAAUUUUGUUGUUUUUGAAUAUAAUUUAUUUGCUUUUUUAACAACAUUUUUUUAGUAAUUUACAAAUUCGAAAGAAUAAGUUUCCAUGAAGACCAGAGUGUCUAUUAUCCGAACGAAUUGGGUCUGGGGCUGUUUCAGAUAACCUAACACUCCUAUGGACUGGUGGCAUUAAAGAAUUAAGUGUACUGGUAUAGAAACAAUAUAUUCUUACCUUAUACGAAUUGUGCUUUAUUGUACUGUGUAUUAUCAUCAUCAGUAUAUUGGGUCAGCUGAUUGAUAUAAAAAGACCGGUACGGAAUGAAUUUUUUUCUGUGAAAAGAAUUAGGUUUCAAAAUUAGAUAAACAUGGCUUAGAAUAAGAUCUGACAUCAAUUUGAAUUUGUGGGCAUGCAUUCUGCAAUAUAUUUUACAAGUUUAAAGAUAGCAUCCCAGUCUGGCCACUACAUGUACAUUAUAUAUCUAGAUUUAACCUGUAUUGUGCAAAAGGGGUUAGAAUGGUUUUCUGUUAUUGGUUUUCUGACAAUUCAUACCAUUUGCUCAGUGUAAAAAUAAAAGUUCUGGAAAGAUAGGUACUGGUAUGGUAGUUUGGUUAGCCAACAUUUUGGAUAAUCGCCCCUUGGAAAAACUACACUCUAAUAUAUAUAUAUAUAGAGUGCAUUAACAACCUCUUUAGUGAUAGUCCUGAUAGGCAGAGAAAAAUCAUGUCCCGCUAUAAAGUUGUCAUUUCUAUUGCACUAUAUUUUAAUUAUAUAUGGGAUGAUUCAUUAUUUUGAAGAAAAUAGAAAAAUAAAUUAACUAAAUUUGAUGCUCUAAACAUUAUUUUAAGAAUCUCUUAUUUAAAAAAUUCAUAUUACCAUCUGAAAUUUUUUAUCUUACUCCUUUACUAUUAAAAUCUAUAAUUCCAAUUAGGUCUACCAAAAGAAACAAUUUUUAACAUUGUGAUGUGUUAAAAUUUUUAGAAAUGUUUGGGGCAUUUAUCAAAAUGUAAGUAAGUUUAUUAUUAAAUUUUACCUUCGCUACAUUGUCAUAAUUUUAGCUGCUCUUUGAAUUCAAAUUAUUUCAUUUUUAAUUGGCCACACACUUUUUUCCGAGGCCAUUAAGAAAAAUCAAUACUUUAUUAUGGAUAGGUUAAGAAAGUAAUAUUUGGGUCUUCUUGAUUCUUAAGCAUUUAGUGAAUUUUUAGAUUUUUUUUAUUAUGUUGUGUUGUUUUUUUUACCUGCACUUGAACAUAAGUGCAGGUAAAAAUUGGAUGCCUUGAGAAGAGUUGAAUGGAAUACAAUUGAUUGUGUUUGAUUCAGUGAGUGUAUCAAUGAAAUUUUUUUUUAAAGUUCAAAAGAAAGUUUGUAUUAUAUUGUUUGAAUUAAUUAAAUUGACUCAGAAAGUGUAUAAAUACUUA